AUGCUCGUCGUCCUCGCUACUGCUCUGUUGGCCCUGAGCGGCAGCUUCGUGAGCGCUCACGGAUCUCACGCCGACCAGCCGCCCUCGUCGGAUUGGGCCACCCGGCAUAUGCAAGAGGAGCACCACAUUGAUUCCUUCGACGCGGCUUCCUUCUUUUCCCUCCACGACUAUGAUGAGUCCGGGGUUUGGACUCCUCAAGAAGUGCGCAAGACAUACGGGAUGGACGAUGAGACAAAUGCCGGAGUCAGUGAGGAUCGCAAGAGCCAAGCCUUGAGAGAAGUGUUUGCCCUGUUCGACCCAACGAACACCGGCUUUAUCAAUCGCGACAACUGGAUGCGCAUCAAUGCCGAGGGAACACGGCUGCCGGAUCUCGGGUUUGGUCCAGGCCACCACGGCGAUAUCGAGUAUGAGUACGAAAUCCACCAUUUCGAAAAGUACCAUGGCGAAGAUGCCAAGGAGGAGGACCUCACCCAUCCCGAGGACAUCGAGCACUUCCGGAAGCACGACGAGGAGGACCUCGCAAUGGAGCGUCUCGAGCAGCUCGAGAGCAUGCAGAUCGUCGAGGCGAACAUACCGCUGAAGUUCCUCAAGCACUAG